AUGGAUAACAUCAAUAAUGAGAACGAUGGCGUUGGAGAACCUACAGUGGAUCAUGAGGGAUUCCACAGUAUCAAUGUCGGUGAUAUCAUGAACGAUGGCGUUGGAGAACCUACCGAAGAACAUGGGGGAGUCGACGAUAUCAAUGUCGGAGACUCUGCCAGCCAGCAUGGCUACCAUUUACACCAACUCUUCCAUGCCAGAUCAACUACUUCAUCAGUGAAGUCAUCGACCUCCAGUGCCCACAUCAAAGCCAAGGCAGAAAAGGCUGCACUUGAGGCAGAGGCCAAGGCCAUGGAGGAGGAGAAUGCCCUUGAACUUGAAACUCUUCAAGUUCAAAUCAAAACCCAGCAUCGCCAUCUCAAAUUAGAGCAGAGAAGACGAGAAAUUGAGCUGAAGGUGAAAUAUGCCAGAGCCGAUGCUCUUGCAAGGACAUAUGCUGAAGCUGCGGAGGCAAAUUCAGAAGUGUGUUUCAAAAUAAACCCUACACCCCAACCUACACCGAAGCGCCCUCUGGAACAUGAGCAUACCCCAUUGCAGUCUCCACAGCCCAGUUAUGUACCAACACCAUUCACCAUUCCCACACCCGCUGCUGCUCCAUCAAACCAAUUGCAACCCGACACAGGAUACCUACUACACGAACUGAUCAGAGACACGCGCGUUCAUCAGCAAUCCCUGGUGGAGGCACUUCAACUUCCCAAGGCGGAACUCACAACAUUCGAUGGCGAUCCACUUAAGUACUGGACAUUCAUCCGUGAGUUCCAGAACACCGUUGCAAGGGAGACAGUAAGUGACGGUGCCAAAUUGACACGUCUGCUUCAGUACUGCACCGGAAGGGCAAAGCAACUUCUCCGGUGCUGCACCGUGAAGGAACCCUCAGAGGGUUAUACUCUAGCACUCCGUCUCCUCAAGGAGAGAUACGGCGAUGAGCACACCAUAUCACAAUCAUGGAUUGACAAGGUGACAAUGAGGCCCAAUGUCACAGACAACCAAUCCCUGCAAGAUCUCGCAGAUGAUUUGCGAUGCUGUCGUGAGACACUUGACACCAUGGGGUACCUCAACGAAUUAAACAACAGAAGCAACCUACUCCUCAUUGUUGACAAGCUACCAUACCACCUGAAAACCAGAUGGCUACGAGAGGUACACAAAAUAAAGAGCACCAAAUCUAGACCCCCAAAUAUUGAUGACGUCACGCAGUUUGUGACAACGGCAGCCGAGGAGGUUCGAGACCCUGUCUUUGGCAAAAUCAUCCAGAGAGGAUCAACCAGAGGAGACACCAAGCCAAAGGUUAACAAGUCAUGUGACCGACGGACGAAUUUUGGCGUCCAAACCACAUCUGCAGUGACAAACCCUAUUGACAAACCCAAACCAAAGCCAACCUCACUCCCUCUUGAUCCCUGCCCCAGUUGCGGACAAAACCACCACCUCAACCAAUGCAACAAAUUCAAGGCACUCAGAGUUAAGGACCGGCUUGCCUUUGUGCAGGGCAAGAGACUCUGUGUCAACUGCUACAAGCCUGGACAUUUGGGAUGCGGCAAAAAACACAACAAGUACCUGCACCUCCCACGCCCGCAAAACGACCCACGUUCCUCAGGGGCCACCGACAAUGGCCAAUCUACAACAGGUGGGUCUUCAAGCUCAUCCCAAGCUCAACCCGCAGACAAUCCCAUAAUUGUCUGUAACUCCACUGGGGUCGGCGCUGGAAAGAUUGCACUACCCAUAGUUCCCGUUAAGGUCAGAGGUCGCGGGGAACAGCAGUUUGUGAAAACCUAUGCUCUCUUAGAUACCGGUUCCACGCAGAGCUUCUGCUCAGAGGAUUUGACACGACGCCUAGGCAUCUACGGCAAGGAGGACACCAUCAGACUCACUACACUUGACCAGAAAGAAGUUCAAGUACACACCAGUGUCGUCCACCUCGAGGUGGCCGACCUUGAUGACACACACCUAUAUUCGUUGUCUGAUGUUCUUACGAGGCCCCAGCUAAACGUCGGCCUCGACAGUCUUGCCGUUCAAGAAGACCUAAGCCUCUGGCCACACCUCAGUGAUUUACCGAUACCAGAUGUCAACAUUGACGAUGUACACCUUCUUAUUGGACAAGACGUCCCAGACAUAAUGAUACCUAGUGAGGUUCGCGCUGGCUCAAAAGGCGAACCUUAUGCUACCAAGACCGCUUUGGGAUGGACCCUAAAUGGUCCAGUAACACACCAGAAGAGGCCGAAGUCUUCAUCCUCCUACUUCGUCAAACCAGACAUGGAUCUUCAACGCCAGGUUGAAAGAUUUUGGAGGAUUGAUGACGUGCAAACCGUGGGCAGUGACAAUGAGACGAUGUCUGUCAGCCAAACGAAAGUUCUUUCAAUUUGGGAGAACUCACUGCACCGUGACGGAGUUAACUACACCAUGGACAUUCCAUUCAAGGAAAGACCACCGCAUUUGCCCAAUGACAGGUUGAUGGCAGAACACCGACUUAAAUUGUUGGGUAAGCGUCUUUCCAAGGACCCCUCACUCAAGGAGAAGUACACCAGCGGCAUCCAUGAUCUCCUUCAGAAGGGAUAUGCAGAGCCAGUUCCUGCGGAGGACAUUGAUCGAAGAGAUGGCUGUGUCUGGUAUCUCCCACAUCAUCCUGUGAUCAACCCGCCUAAACCAGACAAGGUUCGCAUUGUAUAUGACUGCGCCGCCCGCUACCAAGGUACCUCACUAAAUGAUACCGUCUAUCAAGGACCUGACCUGACGAACAAGCUUAUCGGAGUCCUUCUGCGUUUCAGACAAGAACGCAUAGCUCUCAUGGCCGACAUUGAAGGCAUGUUUCAUCAGGUUCGUGUGUCCAUGGCUGACCGAGACGCCCUUCGUUUCCUUUGGUGGAAGGGAGACGAUAUUGAGUCCCAACCACUGAUGUACCGGAUGACAGCUCACUUAUUCGGAGGAGUUUGGAGUCCAAGUUGUGCUAACUUCACCUUGAAGCGUGUAGCACAAGAUUACCAUGAGUUGUACGACACUGCCACCAUUGAGACCAUAGAUCAAAACUUCUAUGUUGACGACUGCCUCAAAUCCGUUUCUUCCGAAGAUGAAGCCACUCGGCUAGUCAGUCAUUUACGUGAGUUGCUGGCCCGUGGAGGAUUCCGACUGACCAAGUGGUUAAGUAACUCUCGCGCCGUGUUGAAGUCACUACCCCAGGCCGAGUGUGCAAAGGCUGUCACGUCCAUGGACCUAGAUAAGGAACUACUUCCAUCAGAGCGAGCAUUGGGAGUACUUUGGAAGAUCGAGACAGACACCUUUGGAUUUGACACCAACCUAAAAGAGAAACCCGAUACCCGAAGAGGAUUGCUGAGCGUCACAAGCUCAAUAUACGACCCACUUGGAUUUGUCAGCCCCAUCGUCCUAAAAGCAAAGAUGAUCUUCCAGACACUCUGCCGCCUCAAGAUAGGGUGGGACGAGCCUAUUCCCAGCACCAUUCUCGAGCAGUGGAAACGGUGGUUAACAGAUCUGCCGUUGAUAGAAGGAAUGAAGGUACCAAGAUGUGUUAAACCUGUCCACAGUGAAGCCAUUGUCAAGGCACAGUUACAUCAUUUCGCAGAUGCGUCCGAACGAGGUUAUGGUGCCGUCAGCUACCUACGUCUUACUGACACCGACGGUUGUAAUCACUGUUCGUUCGUGAUGGCUAAAGCUAAACUUGCACCGCUUAAGACGACUACUAUACCUAGACUGGAGAUGGCCGCGGCAGUUGUGUCUGUGAAGCUUGACAGAAUGAUCAAACUCCAUAUGCAAUUACAAUUUGCAGAGUCCAUCUUUUGGUCUGAUAGCAUGAUUGUCCUCCAAUACCUCAGCAAUGAAGAUAAGCAGUUCCAGACCUAUGUCGCCAAUCGAAUCGCCAUGAUCCAAGAUCAAUCCUCUCCAAACCAGUGGAGACAUGUUGAUUCUGCCUCAAAUCCAGCAGAUGACGUAUCAAGGGGAUUGACGGCCCAACAACUCAUCGACUGUGAACGCUGGUUGAAUGGUCCAGCCUUUCUUCUGAAGGAGGAAGAUGCCUGGCCAGUUCAACCAGACUUCAAGUCCCUUCAGCUGCAAGAAGAGGCUGAGGUUAAGAAGGAACCACUGGUAUACGCGACCAAUACCAACACCACACCAAUGUCCGAUCCUAUGGAUGACUUGAUUGGCCGCUACUCAUCCUGGUACGCUCUGAAGAGAGCACUGGCUUGGGUCCUCCGUGUGAAACAGUUGUUGCGCAUGAGAGCUCUCAAGCUGACUGACACAACCACCCUAGCUGGCAAGUCUCUGUCAGUUAAGGAACUCCAAGAUGCCGAAGCUGCAAUUGUCCGCCACACUCAGCACACUGCGUUCAACGAGGAGCACCUGAAGUCAAUUCGCCUUCAAAGGUUGUCCCCCAUAACCUCGAACAACGGUAUCUUAUGUGUCGGCGGACGCCUGACGAAUGCCAACAUACCACACCAAGCUAAACACCCAUGGAUCAUGCCAAAUAAACACCGAGUGACCGAGCUCAUCAUUCAGCAAUACCAUCAUCAGUAUGGACAUUCUGGUGGCGAAAGGAUCCUCGCUGAGCUACGCCAGAAGUACUGGAUCGUAAAGGGGCGCAUAGCCGUUAAGCGCGUUCUUCGUCACUGCCUAGAAUGCAAGAAGAAGAAGGCAACCCCUGAAACUCAAGUGAUGGCGGACCUGCCCAAGGAUCGAGUAACCCAUGGAGCAGCACCAUUCAGCACAGUAGGUGUUGAUUUCUUUGGCCCUUUCAUGGUGAAGAGAGCCCGCAGUGAGUUGAAGCGAUAUGGUUGCUUAUUCACUUGCCUCACCACUAGAGCCAUCCACAUAGAGGUCUGCCAGAGCCUAGAAACGGAUUCCUUUAUAAACGCACUGCAGCGCUUUAUAAGUCGCUAUGGACAGCCAGCCCAAAUCCGCUCGGAUAAUGGGACCAACUUCGUAGGAGCGCAACGCGAACUUCGUCGUGCUCUACAAGACUGGAACCAGCGCCAAAUAGAGAACUACCUGCACCAGCGAGAAGUCCAAUGGAUUUUUAAUCCGCCAGCCGCUUCGCACAUGGGUGGAGUUUGGGAACGACAGAUACGGACCAUUCGCUCUAUUCUAGGAAGUCUCCUUCACCAGCAGCUGACUGAUGACGAAGGACUAAACACUCUGAUGUGUAUUGUUGAGGGAAUAGUAAACGGACGUCCCAUCACAAAGCUUUCAGAUGAUCCCCAAGAUGCCUCACCUCUCACACCCAACCACCUGUUACUCCUUCGAUCUGGUCAGACCCUACCACCUGGACACUUCGAUGCCAAGGAUCUCUAUAAGAGACGCUGGCGCCAGGUCCAGUACCUCGCUGAUGUCUUCUGGACCCGAUGGUUGAAGGAAUACCUCCCAUCACUGCAGCACCGCCAGAAAUGGCUACAUCCCCAAAGAAAUCUUCAGGUUGGAGACCUUGUUUUGAUCCGUCACGAGAGCACCCCACGCAGCAAGUGGCCUUUGGGUCUUAUUGUGGCCACGCACCCAGGGAAAGACGGAUAUGUCCGCUCCGUGCGAGUCAAAACCCAAGCCGGAGUGUAUGUUAGACCGACUGACAAGAUCUGUCUUCUUGAAGCCGAGUUGACACCACCGACUGCGACGACUGAUACCAGCCAGGAUGAGAAUGAUAAUGAUUAA